UCCAGCUUCCUUUGAUCGUAAUGAGUGAGCGGGCCAAGUAACCCACAGCGUGCUAUAUGCUGCAGCUCAUUCAAGCAACGAAACUCAGUUCAGUUCCCUCUAACUUCCUGAGGGAUAUUUGAAUGACUCUAUGAUGCCUAACACGUGGUUCCUACUGCCGGACUUUACCUUCACCGUUGAUGGCCCCCUCCGCCUUGGUAUGGUGAUUCCCCACUGGUCCAAACCGACAACCGUCCUUGCGACUGUUGGCUGCGGCACUGCAAGCGAUAUUGAACUACCACCUCAGAUAACUAUUGUAGAACCGAAUCACGCUCAUAGCCGCUCACAAUCACGGUCUGGUGGCCUCAGCAUGUGGGCUACCUUCGAGGGUCUCGCGUCUACCUCAGCAGGCAGCGAUUCUGGCAAGAAUAACAACAUCAAUUAUAGCGAAGCAAAUCACGAUAUCAUCAGUUUCAGAGACCCACUGACACCCGAAAUGGUGGCCGCCAUUGCCAAUCUCCCCGCUGUUCGAGCCCAGAUUGACUCGGGCAUGUUUGGCAAGCGACCGGUCUACAUCGUCUCGGGACUACGGAUUGCCACAUCCUCGUUUACAGUGACGAAAGAAAGGGGCUCCAACUUUUCCAUGGAGGCCGAGGCGUCUGGCCCACCCGCGGGAACGCUGCCUGUUGAGAUUGGUGGGAAAUUGAGGCAUGAGAGACAGAAAACCGUCACGGACACAUAUGACACGGCCCCGGGAAUCGUAUUCGCGUACCGGCUCCAUGCCAUUCGCACCCGUAGGGCAGGGUUGGAGACGGAAUUGUUUAGCCAUAAGAGCGCGUUCUUGACCGGUGCGGGGGGCGAAACGCAGGAGCCGCUGAUUCUUGUUGAAGCUACGCAAGACGAAAUCGACGAGGACAUAGAGGAAGAACGGCUCGAUUGAUGCGGAGAUCUCUAGUCAUUAAUUUUGUCGACUGCAGCGCAGACAGUGGUGAGCAACUCCAAAUCCUUUUUUCUCUCUCCCCAAAACCCUAUUGGAUUGAUGAAGUAAUGUUUAUAUCCCUUGAGAACUGACAUAGAGUACAGCAUCUGCUGCAUCCCACUCCUCGUGUGAAGUUUAGCGCACACGGUUUCAAAUGGCGUGUAGUUGAGCAAUGAAGGCAGUGCUGCAACAUAUGACAACAUCAUGGCAGCAAUCCCAGCUGCGAUAGCGGUUGCAAUUGAGCUCCCCGCGCUCAAAUCCGCAUCUGGGAAAUGCGUUCGGAUUUCAUCC